UGAAAUACGGCGGUGGCCGCGAGCAGUGUAGGAGCCGCGGACUUCCGCGGCCAUGCUCGUCCCCGCUGCGCCUCGCAGCCUCGCUGCUGCUGCCCCCGCCGGCAAGGCCAAGCUGACGCACCCCGGCAAGGCCAUCCUGGCGGGUGGCCUCGCCGGAGGCAUUGAGAUCUGCAUUACUUUCCCCACUGAAUAUGUGAAGACACAAUUGCAGCUAGAUGAGAAGGCCAACCCGCCCCGCUACAAGGGCAUUGGGGACUGCGUGAAGCAGACUGUCCGUGACCAUGGUGUCCGAGGGCUGUACCGUGGGCUCAGCUCACUGGUGUAUGGCUCCAUCCCCAAGGCUGCUGUCAGGUUUGGCAUGUUCGAGUUCCUCAGCAACCAGAUGAGGGAUGAGCAGGGCCGGCUGGACAGCACGCGGGGCCUUGUCUGUGGGUUGGGUGCCGGUGUGGCUGAAGCUGUGAUGGUGGUGUGCCCCAUGGAGACCAUCAAGGUGAAGUUCAUCCAUGACCAAUGCUCCUCCAAGCCGAAGUACCGUGGCUUCUUCCAUGGUGUCAGGGAGAUUGUUCGAGAGCAGGGGCUGAAGGGGACCUACCAAGGCCUAACUGCAACUGUCCUCAAGCAAGGAUCCAACCAGGCCAUCCGCUUCUUCGUCAUGACAUCCCUCAAGAACUGGUACAAAGGAGAUGAUCCCAACAAGAUCAUCAAUCCCUUCGUCACAGGCGUGUUUGGAGCCGUUGCAGGAGCUGCGAGUGUCUUUGGCAACACGCCCUUGGAUGUGGUUAAGACCAGGAUGCAGGGGCUGGAAGCACAUAAGUACAAGAGCACGUGGGACUGCGCCUACCAGAUCAUGAAAUAUGAGGGGCCCCUGGCGUUUUACAAGGGCACCAUACCCCGCCUGGGCCGUGUCUGCCUCGACGUGGCCAUUGUCUUUGUCAUCUAUGAUGAGGUGGUCAAGUUCCUCAACAAGGUCUGGAAAACAGACUGAGUGGCUCUGCCAGUACCGCCGGGCUGCAGCUGGAAAUUGAUGACCAAGCGCAGAGCUACCUAGCUACCUAGCAUCAGCGCGGCCAAGGGUCCAAGUCUACUGUACGCGUCCGCGGACCGGGAGCACCACACAGUGCCCCCAUACAUCCUGUGCCCUUUAUUUAUAGCAGUGAGCUGAGGAGCAGUCAUCAGCUGUGUGUGUGAAAAUGGCCCAGGGAGCAGGACAGAGGCUUUGCCAGCACCCCAGGCUAUGCCCCCAGACAAGGCUGCAAUCCUGACAUCCCACUCCAGGUAUCACUCAUCCUGGGGUGCUGAGCACAGCCAAUUCCUGAUACUACCCGGACCCUUAAUUUUCCCUACUGUGGGGAUAGCAUUUGGGUGAACUAGGUGCCCCCACUUGCAGUUUACAGUUGAGACGUGUGCGAGAGAUGGGGUGCGGAGGCACAGCCCCUGUCUCAGACUUGGCUCCUUGGCAUGUCCCCUUGGUGGAGGGCAACCUCCAACACAAAGCCCUUCUUCCACAUUCCCAUCCUGCCCUCUCAUCACUGUCCAGGGCAGCUCCUAGCUGCCCCUAUAGCUUUCAGACCCAGUACUAACACCCACACUACUCCUGCCUUUGUGCCAAAACCUUCCUCGGGGGAGCAGAUGCAGAGCUGGAGCUGCCUCCCACCCCUCAGAUUGUAUUGUAACAUGUGCAGCAUUAAUACUAGUUCAUGGGAGGGCCAAGGAAGAAAAAGAGAGCCUGGGAGCAAUUUUCCUUUGGCUUUCUUCUGUGAAGCCAGUGAGGGCUGGUUGUUUUUUGUUGUUGUUGGGUUUUUUUUGUUUUUUUUUUAAUUAUUCUGUUUCACACGCAAUUUGAAUAAAAUCAGUCUGGCUUCA